AUGGAGAUAUAUACUUUUGACAAGAGUCUUCAAGAAAGACUGGUUGAAUUAACUGAAAUUUUAUCCAGUAGAGGUGAAGUUGUACCUGCAUCUCAGAUUCAGGCUGAAUGGUCUUAUCAUAUAGAACUUGUAAUAGAACCUGUUGGUUGGCAGGCAUUGUGGAAAAUACCACGUUUAGUGUGUGAAGAUUUUCAGAUUCAUUAUCCUACUAUAGUAGUUGUAGAAAUUGAGCAAGUUGAUUUCUCUGAUUUGUCUGCAUUGGUAAAGAUCACUGCUGUUCAAGAUGAAAUUCAUCUGCCUGAGAAAUACGAUGUACCACUCAUUGAACUUUAUCCAACUCAUAAACAAGAGAACAUUGCUUUGGACAUGGUGGGUACUGCAAGUUGUAUUGAUCAGCUGAGAUUCUUUUAUAAUUAUGUAUGGAUGUCAUGGGACAUAGAUGAUGAUGAUAAUACUGAUUGGGUGUCUGUACAUUUGGAAACAAGAAUCAGAUUGUUUUUUGACAUGAAAAGGGGUAUUGUCAGAAGAGAAACUAGCGAUGUCAUUAGGGGUUUGGUAAGAGAGGGAAGGGAGAUUCAACAGAAAAUAGCAAGGUUAGAAGAUACUAUUUCUGAAGAGGAGGAAGCACAUACUGAUAUAGUAGAUGGAGGAACAGCAUGUCAGUUAAUGAAACUUCAUUUUCGGCUGCAACAAAUUAAAAGAGAAAUGGAAGUACUAGAGAAUCCUGCUAUGAGAGAAAUUCUUACAAAGGAACAGACUUCAUCUUUAAGUGAUGACAAAAUAAAGAGGAGAGAAAAUAAAGAAAGAUCUAUGGAAGGUCACUUUAUAUGGCUUGGUGGUACUUUAGAAGAGAUGAAGGAAGCCAUAAAUAAAGCUCAAACUUCUUUACCUACAGAGUUAUUUUUCAAAAUAUCUGGGUCUCUACUAGAGACUUUACAUACAUGUGACAUAGGGGAUAUCAUCAUAGUUGGAGAAGGAACUCAUCAGAUAAAAGGUGCUGGUAAUUUAGAAGAGGAUGGUACUAUUAGAGGAAUUAAUAAUUUAGAACAAACUGUUCUUACUAUGAAAGACACUGAAACAGCACCAUCACUACUUGAUUUUUCUGGCAAUGGAGUUCUAUUAGAGAAUAUUACUGUAGAUGUUGGUGAUCUCAGAGCAGCUGUAAUAGUAAGAGGUGGGACCACGAAAAUAGUUAAUUGCAAAAUAUGUGCCUUAAAUCAGACUAUGGUGAAAUUAGGUAUUGUGGUUUUACCCAAUGCAAAACUAAUAGUAGAAAAUACACUCUUUGACAGUCUUGGGACUGGUUUAGUUGUUUAUAAUAACGGAGAAGUAUCCAUGAAUAAUUGCAGUUUUAAAAACUGUGCAGAGGGUAUUCAACUUCACGACAAUGCAAAAUUAACAGCAAAGGACUGUUUUCUGGGACAUUUUAAAGAAUAUGCAAUUCGAUUGGAAACGCAAAAACAUUUAAGUGGUUCAGAAAGUAAAUGCGGGAGCUUGGAAUUAUUAGCAAAUGUGCCCGAAAUUUCCUUACACGACUGUAAGUUCGAGGGUAACGGCAAAGGAGAUGUCACGCUGAAGCCAGGCUCCACGUUUGUUAUAUCAAAACAAGAUAAACCUACGAAUAUGGAGACUUAA